CAGAGUUCAGAUUCAUCAUUCUUGAUAUUUCAAUUUUUCAUUUUGUUGGUGGAUUCCACGUUUCCAUCCUGCUUCAACUCCACAAAUUGAGCUCUUCACAAACAAGAAAUACCAUGAAAAACCUACCUCUAUUUUCCAUUCCCACAAUUCUCUUCUUAAUUCACUUCUUCAUAAUCAGCCAAGUUCCGGCCUUUGGGUGCUCGACCUCCAACGCUACCGUCCCCGCAGUCAGUCCGACUCCCUCAAAUGACACUUCUUAUGUCCGGACAAGUUGUGAAUCUACAUUAUACCCAGAAUUAUGCUACCAUUCCCUAGCUGGCUACUCUAAAGCGGUACAACAAGACCCUGCACGACUCGCCCGAGUGGCAGUUGGCCUGAGCCUGUCGAGAGCCAAGCGCACGGCUGGUUACAUCUCCAACCUCUCCCGGCAAGCCGACUACGGUGUUGACCACCAAGCCACUGCGGCGCUACAUGACUGUUUUUCGCUUUUUAACGAUGCAAUCGACCAAAUAUGCGGCUCGCUCAAGCAGAUGCGCCGGCUAAGCGGCUCUGGUGAGUCCCUAAGGUUUCAAUUGAGUAAUGUCCAGACGUGGGUGAGUGCUGCCCUGACGAAUGAGGACACGUGUACGGAUGGGUUCGAGGAUGUGCCAGAUGGGCCAGUGAAAGUCGACGUAUGUGGUCGUGUUGUGAAGGUGAAGGAGAUGACUAGUAAUGCACUGGCUUUAGUUAAUGGUUAUGUUGCCAAGGUAACGGGGCCAUGAGGUUUCAUUGUGAGUUGAGGGAUCACUGGCAGAUAGAAUAUCAACAUGUAUGUGGAUGUAAUUAGAUUAGGUUAAUGCGAGUUUUGGAAAAAAAGAAAUUAGUAAAAGAGAAAGAUUGAAGUAGUUUAUAACGUAAUUGGAUGUUCUAUUUUUGGAAUUUGUGGGGUUUUCUUGA